AAAUUAUGGACAUUUUUUUCCCCAAAGUCAAGGGCAUUGAACAAUCCAUCAAAACUGAAUUAAACCGUCGCAGCGGCUUUGUGCAUCCGUCAUGGCGUGUCACCGAAAACAUGGCAUUUUGAGUGACCGUAACAUCCGAUAGGUACCAUCCUGUUUGGAACAUGUAUAUAUAACAUGCAUGGGUGACAAAUGACCACUAAAUACUGCACAAUGGCGAGGAUAGCUACAGUGUUUGCAUUCAUGGUGCUGCUAGCUGUGGUAGUAGAAGGAAGGGACUGGAGAUUCAAAACAUUGAACCGAGUGAAACGCGGCUUCAGCGACUUCGGGGCUGACAGUCGUUAUAGUGGGAGCAAUGAAAACGCCAGCGUCAGUGGAGAGCGGCUUGCCUGUGGCGAGGAACUUGGGGGAAGUUAUGGGAGCGGCAGUCGGGAGGUCGACUACAACAGGGAGCUGAAGGACCAUAGACACAACCGAUCCUUCAGCAAGGCGUCUGCGACGGCCUCCGCUAGAGCCUCCAACAAUCACCAUAAGGCUAAUCUUUGAAUUAAAUACUCUUCUGGUAAACGUAAAAAAGUCGUAGAAAUAAUAGAAUGUUUAGGAAUUAUGGAUUUUUUAUAUGUAGUUACCAUGUGAUUGAAGAGUUUUAUAAUUUUACUAGCUGUUGCCCGCGACUUCGUCCCCGUGGG